AUGGAACCAGUUGCUGCAACAGCUGCUGCAUAUGGUGUCGAAACUGCAAUUGAAGGAGGAAUUGCUGCUUAUUAUCUAUCCAAACCGACAAUACCUCUAAAAGGACACCUCGAACAUGUCACAACCACUGAUGCAUUACCGCGAUGUGGACAUACAAUGUCAGUGAUUAGUGAUAGAGCAUAUAUUUUUGGUGGUUCCGAGGAUCUGGAAUCUGUGGAAUUAGGCAAUGAUAUGCAUGAGCUUCACAUCUCAACCGAUGAGAAUAACACAACUGCACUUUUACGGUCAAUACCAGCAGUCGGAGAUGGGGAAUUGAACAAGGCGCCUGUACCAUCGGCUCGCAUAUUCCAUUCAGCUACGGUUGCUCGAAACCGUAUCUUCAUUUUUGGCGGCAAUGGAUAUUCAUCUGGUAAGCAAAACCUUAAGCCGUUGGAAGAGAAUGGCCGAUUGUGGAUUUUUGACCCACUAUCAUCGAAGUGGUCGUUCCUGGAUCCUCCUCCACAUACAACAUUUCCCCUUUCUAGGUCGGAUCAUAUCAGCACAUCGAGUCCUGAUGGAUCUGCAAUCUUCAUCCAUGGGGGGAAAUCAUCUGAUGACGUGCUUUCGAAUGAUGUAUGGGUGUUUUACUUGGAUGAAGGGAAGUGGACCAGGCUCCCAGAUGCACUAGGGCUACCGAGGUCCGGAACCAAUCUCGCUUGUGGACAGGGAAAAUUAUGGAAGUUUAACGGUAGUAAAGAGGUAUCUGAAGGCUCGGGCCUCCGGGGGUCAAUACACUUUUUGGAGUAUCCUACCGGUGGUACAGUAGAUGAUGUGACUAAAGAUUUGGCUCAUAGUUCUUUGGGCAUUCCCAAAAUUGACUGCCAAUGGGAGAAAUUGGAUACGGGAUCGAGCAAAUCUGUGGAGACACCAUUUUCUAGCGAUUAUGCAGCCUUAAAUUUCAUUACCACUGGAAAUGGCAGAGAUUAUCUAUUGUUAGCUUUAGGAUCCGACGGCGGAGAAUAUUCUUCGGAUAUUUGGGUCCAUCAGCUCCCCUCAGUGCAAUACUCAGGUGCAAAGGUGAAAGACGUCGUACGAGAGAAUUUACCUGGCGUAGAAAGUCAUGUGGGGGAAUGGUCCCGUCUCGAAAUCAGUGGAAUAGAGGUCGGUGGGGAUGAAGAGAAAGGUGGGGCAUGGACUGGUAGACGUUAUUUUGGAAGCUCAAUGACGGGCACGAAACAAUUUAUGAUUUGGGGAGGACUUAGUCCAAAUAAUGAGACGCUUGGUGAUGGGUGGAGGGUUAUUAUUGACUAG